ACCAACCCUCGCUGCAAUUUCGACCAUAUCUUCUCAACCUUGAUCCAAAGCGGAAAUGUGCAUGAUUCGUGGUGCCGUCGUUCUUCCGCAGCUUGUUUUUCGAUAUAUAGUGAUCUAAAGGUCCUCUUCCACCUGAGCAUGCCACCCAUUCCUGUCUCAUGAGAUAGUGGAGUAAUCCGUGGUCCCGUUCGAGUCACCGCCAGAAAGUAUUUGAUUCUCGUCAACAGGCCUGCCCAGCAUGGCGACGCCUCCCAAAUAUCCCAGCACUCUCGAGCGCGUCACCAGUGUCACCAACCGAGUCUUCUCCCACUCCCUCCCAGAUCCUUCGCCCAUCGCCCAGGCCUCACUUGCCCGGGAUAUCGAGGAAGACACCGACGAGGAAGCUGCAGACACAGAGUCCGAGUCGGAAAGCUCGACCCUGCGUCCAUCCACCUCUGCCCCAGGAACAGGGGCAUACUCGUUUGUCGGAUCAUACCGCAGACCGAGCUUUGCUGGAGCCGGCAACAGAGCUACUCUCCUUCCUCGUCUCGUACCAGACCAUGAGCGCCUCUCCAAAGAAGAGAGACAACAGGCAAUGGAGGAGGAGCGGUCUCUGCUGAGAGACAACAAUCUAAUCCCACCCAAGCACCCUCAGGCCGCGGCCGACCAGGGCGGUCGCAAGAGAAGCAUUUUCCACAUACCUGGCGGUGAUCGCAAAGUCUCUCGAGAUGAAGAGGCUGCCCCAGCGGUAGAGGUGAACGUGGGCCUCGCAACCGAAGUCUCGCCGUUGUUAGGUGAUCCAAACCUCCCAUAUGGAGGUCAGGAUGACGCCGAGACCAUCAAUCAGAAGUGGGAGGAAGCGGUGGCAGCAGGCAUGAUUCACACAACCUGGCAGCGUGAAGCCAAGGUCAUUGCUCGCUACUCUGCGCCCCUAAUGGUGACCUUUGUUCUCCAAUAUUCCCUGACAGUCGCGAGCAUUUUCACGGUCGGACAUAUCGGCACAGUAGAGCUAGGGGCAGUGAGCCUGGCAUCGAUGUCUGCCAACAUUACCGGCUACGCCAUCUAUCAAGGCUUAGCCACAUCUCUCGACACCCUCUGUGCACAAGCCUACGGAUCCGGCCGCAAGAAACUGGUCGGCCUGCAAAUGCAGCGCAUGGUUUACUUUUUAUGGACCAUCACCAUCCCCAUCGCCGUUAUCUGGCUGCUUGCAGACAAAAUCCUUCUCGCUCUGGUCCCCGAGCCGGAGGUGGCCAAGCUCGCGGGCCUGUAUCUGAAGGUCGUUCUGCUUGGUGCCCCUGGCUAUGCAGCCUUCGAGUCCGGGAAACGGUUCGUCCAGGCACAGGGGCUCUUCUCAGCCUCGCUCUAUGUCCUCAUUUUCUGCGCGCCUUUCAACGCGUUCAUGAACUGGCUGUUCGUAUGGAAGCUAAAGUGGGGAUUUGUGGGCGCCCCCAUUGCUGUUGCCAUCACCGACAACUUGCUCCCGCUAGGUCUCUUCAUCUACGUUCGGUUCUUUUCAAAGACCGGGAUGUCAUGCUGGAACGGGUUUACGAAAAAAGCAUUCCAGAACUGGGGCCCCAUGGUCAAACUGGCGUUGCCGGGGGUGGUGAUGAUUGAGGCCGAAGUCCUCGCGUUUGAAAUUUUGACCUUUGCAGCCUCAUAUUUCGGCACGACAGUCCUCGCUGCACAAUCUGUUCUCGCAACCCUCACCUCGCUUACCUUCCAGAUCCCCUUCCCGCUCUCCAUCGCGGGCUCAACUCGCGUCGCAAAUCUCAUUGGCGCAACCUUGGCAGACGCCGCAAAAGUGUCCACACGUGUGACCUUCUCUGCUGCCAUCAUUGUCGGCAUCCUCAACGUGACCCUCCUCUCCGCCUUGAAAGACUACAUCCCGCACCUCUUCACCUCCGACCCAGACGUGGUACGCAUUGUUAGCGACAUUCUACCGCUGUGCGCGGCUUUCCAACUCUUUGACGCUCUUGCUGCAAACUGCAACGGCGUCCUUCGUGGACUAGGCCGGCAAGAAUUCGGCGGUUACGUGCAGCUGUUCUGCUACUAUGUCUUUGCCAUGCCGAUCAGCUUUGGCACAGCGUUCGGGGCCGGGUGGGGCCUUUGGGGGCUCUGGACGGGCGUCGCCCUCGCGCUGGGGCUCGUGGCUCUGAUUGAGUUCGUGUAUCUGGCCAGGACGGACUGGCAGAGGAGUGUGGAGGAAGCAAGGGCUAGGAAUCUGGAAGGCGGUCUGUGAAUGAUGGAUUACAGAACUACAAAAGUGACGUUUAACAUAUACAUACUACAGGUGCCUGUGUGUACCUGCAGGUGAUACGAUCUUGCUGUACAGGUAGAUGCGAUAACAUCUAAUGAACAUUCAGACGACCCAGCGUACAUUUGGCUCGUUUGGGUACACAAGGGCAGCCGGGCCACCAGACAUCAAUCGGCAUCUUUUGG